GGGAAACUCCCCCCGGGAGAAAACGCAUGGGUUCGCCCGAUCGGACCCCUGGGGGCAAAUGAAUCGUUCUUUCGGCACUGCAUUAUGUGGGUCCUAAUAAAUUGCUAAGUCUGAUAUACGCAACAUUUUGUGCAGGACUUCUUUCUGAAAUGAGGUGUCGCUGUCAUGACAGUAAUGGAUCUAUUUAAUUUUGUGAUUGAUCAAAACAUUGCGGAUGACGAUGUAGAUGAUUACUUAGAAAAGGUUCAGUAGAAGAUGUUGGAGAAUGGAGAUACACUCGCAAAUGAUGAUGACAUAUCUCCAACAGUCAUGGUGCAGACGUUGGAUUAUGUGAAGCAGUGUGAGGCUGAUAUAGUCAACAUGUCAAUGUUGCAACGACCAUCCCUGUGUUACGAGCCACCAGCGGAUAAGCUUUAUAACCAGCCAUUGGUAGGAUUUGUGCGGGCUGAAAAAAACAAGCGUACUGCUGAAAAGCAGAAAAAACAGUUGCCACAUAAUAAGUGCUCAUUGCUAAGUAGUGGAUCUUGCUCUAGUUCUGGUGAAGAUUCGAGGUAUGAGGCUGAUCCCAAGAUGGGACCUGAGGAGAGGAAGGCUGCUCGGAAGGAGGAGAAGAAGAAAGUGAAAGAAGAGAAGAGAGAAGCUCGGAAGACGAAGGAGCCGAAAGCCGAUAAGAAGAGGAGGAAGAAAAUGGCAAAAGCGAAGUGCAAGAGGUAGCAAUCUCUGGUUGAUUCUAAAUUAAUUCUGUGAGAGCCUGUAUGAUUGAGUGUUUAUAACGAGUAAGGACGAUGCUUCCCCAGCGAUGACGCAAACAAAUGUCAUUGGAUUCUCAGUUGUGUUUUUUUUUGUUCAUUCCGCUUUUUAAAUUGCGCAGCCCUGAAGCGCAGUAGUGUCUAGCUACCUUGUAAAUGGUGCCUUGUCAAUUGUCAUCAGAUUUAAAAUUUCCAUGUAGUUUCGUUUUGUGACUUGCCAGCUAAGAAAAGUUUCUCAA